AUGUGCGCUGUAGCCUAUCUCGUUGAGGGAAGUUCCAGCUGCAGAUACACCCCAACACUGCAGCAGCAGCAGCAACAGCAGCAGCAGCAACAGCAGCAGCAGCAGCAACAGCAGCACCAUCAGCAGCAGCACCACCACCACAAUCAGCAGCAGCACCACUACCACCACCAGCAGCACCAUCAGCAGCACCACCACCACCAUCAGCAGCAGCAGCAGCAGCAGCAGCAGGAGCAGCAGCAGCAGCAGCAGGAGCAGCAGCAGCAGGAGCUGACCGAGUAG